UGUAGACAAACGCUGGUUCACUAUAAAAAAGAAAGCAGCAAUAGUAAAGUCAGACAUCCUUCCACUCUUCAAGGAGGAAAGGAUAUCGACUCUUUACGGGGAAAGAGCAAGCUUCUUUACGGACAAUACAUCUGAAAUCAUGAGUGAAAUUUCUAAGGCUUCUUUAAAGAAGAUCCUUCUGCAACUUGAAUGCCAUUUUACUUGGAUGUUGCUGAAGGAGGAUAUUGAUCCUGAUGAAUUAGAGGAAAGAAUUGCCGAACAGAUUAGAUUUUUGCUAACUACAUCCAAAAUCCGGAAUUACAAUUUGCUGGCCUAUGUGAAAUAUUUGAAUGGCAAAAAGGAAGAAGCUCUGGAAAAUUUACAAAAAGCGGAAGAGGCUGUUAAAAUAGAGCACCCAGAGGAAACUGAAAAGGAGAGUCUUGUUAUAUGGAGCAACUAUGCUUGGGUGUACUAUUAUAUGGACAAACUUCAAGAAGUACAAAUCUAUAUAAAGAAGGUGGAAAGUACCUGCAAACAGCAUGGUAGUGCCUCUCCAUAUAAGAUGAGUCUUCCAGGGAUCCACGGUGAAAAGGGGUGGUCACUCCUAAAAUUUGGGGGAAAGUAUUAUGAAAAAGCCAAGGAAAGUUUUGAGAAAGCAUUGGAAGAAGAACCCCAAAAUCCAGAAUUUAAUUCUGGUUAUGCAAUCACAGUGUACCGUCAGGAAGACUAUUAUGGGAAAAAGUCUGCAGCAGAAGGAUCAUCACUGGAGCCCUUGAGGCGUGCAGUAAGACUGAAUCCUGAUAAUGUAUUUGUCAUGCCUCUCCUUGCAUUAAAGCUUCAGGAAAUUGGUCAAGUUAAAGAAGGGCUAAAAUAUAUUGAAGAAAGUCUUGAAAAGUACCCAGACAUUCCCUACGUCCUGAGAUAUGCUGCCAAGUUUUACAGAAGAGAAGGUGACCUGAAAAAACCCCUGGUUUUCUUAAAGAAGGCAUUGAGCUUUACGCCAAAUUCUGGCUUUCUGUACCAUCAGAUUGGCCUUUGCUAUAGAACACAGUACUUUGGAAUGAAAAAGAGAAAACAGCCUAGACAAGAGAUGGACGAACUGCUCAGAUGUUGCAUUUUUCAUUUCAAAAAGGUGGUGGAGCGCAAACCCAAGUUUUUCUAUGCUCAUCUGGAUCUUGCAAAUAUGUAUGCCGAAGGGAAACGUUUUCAGGAAGCAGAAGAAAUGUUUCAGAAAGCAUUUGCGAUGAACAAGUUAACUUCUAGCGAAAAACAGCAGCUGCAUCUCAACUAUGGGUGCUAUCAGCUAUUUCAUAAAAAAUCAGAAUCUGAAGCUAUUGAACAAUAUCUGGAAGGGUUGAAGAUUGCAACUGAAUCCUUUGAGAGAAACAAGUGCAAAUAUCAUUUGAAGAACUUAAUAGAAAAGAAAACUAAGAAAGGUUUAGGAGAUGCCAAGAGUUUUGGCAUCCUUGGAUUUCUUCACCAGCUUGAUGGAGAAAAGCAGCAAGCAAUUGAGUGCUAUGAGCAAGCCCAUGAGAUGGAUCCUGAUAAUGAAGAAUACUUCAGUGCACUUUGGGACUUAAGGCUUUCCUUAAGAAGCUAGACCUUCCUACAUUUGGUCAUAGGCUCUUCAUUUUAACUGCUCUAUUGGUUUUAUUUCAAAAUUAUGUAGCAAAAUUCAUAAUUUAAUUUUUACUCCAUUACGGUCUACAGACCGCAUGAUUUCUCCAAAGCAAUUGGAAUGAGGAUUCUAGCCAUCGUGUUUUGCAGCUUUUGACAUGUUUGUUUUGUAUGCUAUAUUGAUACAGAUACCUCAUCUAUGACAUUGCUACAUGAGGUCUUUGAAGACGUACAGGCCUAUUGAGCAAAACCUAACCCAGAAGCAGAGGAGCUUGAGCUCAAGUCAAUUACAGAGCACUGUCCAAUUCUGGAUGCUACCACUGAAUGGUCCCUGCGCUACCUUCAGCGGUAAUGGAGUUCAUUUUUAGAACUAACAAUGAGAAUAUAAGUAGCAAAUGAGUAGCACCAUUCAGUAGUGCAUAAACACAAUGUACAUGUUCCUCUAGUAUAUUAUUCUAUAAUAAUAGCAGGGGGGAAAUGAUACCCUUCAAAAUUAUGCUUAGUUUUCUAAAUCACCAUGACACAUGGUUAGGAUUGAGAUUAAUACUAACACAAAAAGGGGACACACAAUGGCACUACAGUAUUGAGACUAAGUUGAAUCCUAUUCACAUAUUCUGCUCAGCACACAUACAGGGCUAUGCUUCUAUCUGCAGCCUGCAUUUGAGGGGGCCUGUACUCACUUUUUAAAAUGAACACAUGCACAGUCAUUCAUAUAAGCACUUGUACAUGUGCACAGACUCCAAUAUGCAUGUGUAGCAUAAUGUGUGAAUAAGGCUUGGGUCUCUGGCUCCUGGUCAGCAGCCAGGUGAGAGGCGGCCUGAGAAGCCCAAAUAAGGCAUCCUCGGUUUUCCAAUUGGUGUCAACAACAUGUCAACAAAAUCGGAAAACAUGAAUGUCACUAUCUUUAUUCAGACAUAAUGUUGUACCCGCAUUCUGAUGUCUUACAGAAGUGUACUGUUGUAUCUGCAUUCGACAUAACAUGUGAAUCACUGUACCUGGAAACUGCUCUGUACCUGUUUACACUGUACACAACUUGAACGAGUGUUGAACAUAACAUGUUAAAAGGGCAAUCAUUUUACAUGAACUAUAACUGGUUUUGCUGUGUAUUGGAGUUUUGACAGAUUUGCUGAGCUUUUUAAUUACUUUUGGAAGUAAAAUAAAACAGAACCAUUGAUGAAUGUGUAAUCCACGGGUUUAAUAAGCACUUGUGAUUAUAAAAACAAGCAGUUUAACUAAAAUUAAUUGAAUUUUGCAUGUAUUGGGAAUUUCAGACUUUGUACUGUCUGACCAUGCUGUUUGUGUGACUAUAAAAAUUAAAUGUGUGUAUUAAACUAAUAAAUGAUUGCUUGAGGAA